UGAAGGCAUUUCUUCCCGCGCUUUGAACAUUAUCAGAAGUAUAAUAUUAGUUUGUGUUUGUGAAAAGUGCUUUAGUGACAUUUUGGUGUUUUCAACACAUGCUUCUAGCAAUCAUCACAUUCGCAGCAGCUGUGGUGGACAUUCGUAUCAUGAAGCAUGGGGAGGUGCAAGAAACUGGAACCUUGGCAGGCAACAUCGCCGUCAUAGUAGUCAGUCUGCUACUCAUUGCUGUCGCUCUACUGGGCUGCAUUGGAGUCGUUAAGGAGAAACCCAAACUCUUGUAUGUGUAUGCAGGGUUCCUGAUGAUCAUAGUAGUACUCUCAGUUAUGUCGGGAAUCUUCGUGGCAGUCCAGCGCUGCGGUCUGCAGCUCGACAUCAGGGACUGGAUGAGGGAAGACUUCUUCAUGAAUGUCACUGGUGAAGAACUUAUAGAGCAUAACAAAAAAUGGGACAAGAUACAAAUCAAUUAUGAAUGUUGCGGACUCAACGGUCCUGAGGACUACAAAGCGAUGCAUCAAGAUAUCAGCAUGGCAUGCUGUCCACGAGCCCACCGCGCCCAGUCGGAGCAUGCGAAACAAAUGUUGUACAAAGCUUGUCUCAAUGGAGAGAACCACUUCUAUAGAGGUUGUGAGGAAGUAGUUAUUGACUACGUGCAAUCUGAUGCUGAUUGGUUGCUGGGGAUGGCUGUCAUCAGCUUCUGGUUCGAGGCCGCUUGUAUGGUGCUAGCCGUUUCUGUUGCCAAUCACUUGAAGAACCGGGUCACUGUUUACCAAGACACAGUUAAGUAUUAGGAUAUUCAUCAUCACUUAUUUAAGAGCCACGCUCUUGUCGGUGUAACAUUCUCCAUGCCACUUUUUAGGGAUUAGGAUAUUUUUUUCUUUAAAUUUCUGUUCUAAUGUUAACGGUCGUAAUUUCAUUCUAGUCUAUGUUAGUUUUUUAAUAACUUUUCCAGCUUUGGUCAUUUUGUAUUCUAUUAUCUCUAGUUGUUAGUUUUCUAUCAAUGUCAAU